GUUGGAAGAUCCAAGGAGUGCCCUUUAAAUGUGCCUGCGGAAAUAUGAACAGUGUCUACCACACCCUUGAUUGUAAAUUAGGUGGAUAAGUUUCCAUGCGCCACAAUACCAUAAGAGACACUGCAGCUUUCUUCCUUCAAGAAGCAAAGUGUAAGGAUAUAAGGAUAGAACCUGCACUCUCUUAAGUUUGUUUAUGUACAUUUUAUACAUAAUUUAUUGUAGCUUUUAUAUUGUGUACAAUUUUACAGACGAAAUUAUCCCAGGGUGGACUCCCAACCCACCGCUUCGGCGGGUAGUUUCUACACCUUUCACAAGCAAUAGCCACUUUGGUCUACUUGCUGCGAGGUGUCUCAGCUACAUGGUUGGGGUUCCCCCUUUUUUUUUAUUAUUAGGAAUCCAAACGUUUGUUGAUUUAGAAUGCUCCACUGAAAUAUUACUUAAAUGAAACCAGUCUCUGUAAUGAUCACAAUAAAAGUCACAUGCUAGCCACAAUUUUAUUGAAUGAAUAAAUCAUAUGGAACUACAUGAUAUUUUAAGUUAUUUCCUUAAUUGAUCUCAUCAGGGAAAAACUGAUAAAUGUAUCAAUCAUAGACGUAAAUUCAACCCUUUUCCUUUAGGAUGGCUUGUCAACCUCUUGACCUACAGGAGACUUCCAUAACGCAAGAGAAUGGACGUACAGAAAUUGUCUCAGUUCUUGACAGAUGUUUUAUGCUUGAAAUGAACUUCAUGCAGUAUAAUGCAUUCCCUAUACACGAGAAAGCAGAUAGUCCAAUCCAAAGAGAGUGGCACCAGGAGAUAAAGAUACUUUGUUAUGAUUUAGAAACUCUACUUUCCUUUCCUCACAGUAAGUUUUGGGUGCAACUAAUCCAUGAUCCAACUCUUCAUUCUAUGUUGUCUACGUAUUUGCAGAAAGCUCCAAGAUCAUGGGAUAUUUGGGGAAUACCAGACAACUUUAUUCCCAUUCAUAAUAAAUUGAACAAACUUAUCUUUCUCACCUUAUUACGAAUGUCAACAGAUAAGGAAUCCAAAGAAAAAUUCCUGAGUCCUGAUGCAUUUGGUUACACAAUAUAUGAGAAUUAUAUGUUUGACAUACCUAAGAUUAUCGAUAUCUGCAGUUUAUAUGGUCAUCCACACGGUGGUAAUGGAAUUCUUGUCAAUAAGAUGCUGACUAACAUCUUUACAAAGCAAGAAAGCUAUGUUGAUGAUCUGAAAAUGGUUGCCCAGCAAUUGAACGAAAGUGUAUUGACAAAUGUAAUAACAAAAUAUGAUGAAGCUCUGACGACUAUUGGUCUGUAUGACUUGCUCUGUUAUUAUUAUGACACCUGUAUGUCACUAAUAUGCUUGUUUUCGACUUAUCCUCCUACUAUGAACUAUUUUAAUGCCUCUCAAAUUAUCACAUCAAUUGCCACCAUCUAUUCCCAUCUUUUUCAUGACAUCAAAGCAAAGCUGAAGAAGAUGUCAACUCCUGCCCAGGAUCUACAGUCUCUAAAGUCAAUUAUAAAUCGUGGCCAACUAGCCACAGUGAGACUCAUUCACAGUGUAAUAUGGCAGUCUUGUUUUAUGGACCAGUUACUUGAUGAUACUUUACCAACUGAUGAACACACUCGCUGUGCUGAGCAGUUUAUCGCAGCGUUUUCACUAAUUCUUGGGGAUGUUCACUUAAUGACAAAAUAUUAUCAUGAGUGCAACUUGGCUAAGACAUUUGCUUUGAUAAAAAGUUCAAAAGCUGAAGUGGGACAAGAUCAUUUUGAUUACAUUCUUAACGCCAUUGAGGUGGAGAAGAGUCCUGAACGGGACACUAGAGAUUUGGACAAUGUACAUUAUGAGGGAUCUCAAAAUUCCCCAGAAAUCUUAAGUAAGAAAACUAAAGACUCUGGAAAUCCGAAUUCUGGAGAGCCGCAAAAUAUCAAGUUUCUUCUUACAAACAUUAAAAACAUAUUUCCUCAAUUUGAUGAUAGUUUCCUGAAAGAAUGCUUAGCUGCUUACUCAUACUCUAGUGAAGAAGUUAUCACAGCACUGCUGGAGGACAAUUUACCGCCUCAUCUUAAUUCUCUCAAAUCACAGACUGCAGAACAAGAACAGCCCGGUUCAUCAAAAGAAUCAAGUUCUAGCUUUCCUCCUUUGAAAUCAUUGAAUAAUGAUCAGUCUUCCUCCAAGAGUUCAGAACCUGCAAGCAAUGGAUCCUAUGCAUCCAAAGUUUCAUCGCUUCUAUCCUCCAGACAAAAUGUCUUUGAUGGUGACGAGUUUGAUGUCUUUAAUAAUCCGAGUCAUGAACUUAACUUUGACCAAAUUCAUAUCGGCAAGAAAUCUCGUGAGAUUAUUGACAGUGAGGCAUCAACCACAAAAAGGUUUCUUAACUCUAAUCCAAAGUUCAACUUGGAGUAUGAUGAAUAUGAAGAUGAAUACGAUGAUACUUACGACGGAUUAGUAGCUGCAGCAGACGGCAGCAUGGCUGAUGAACCAUCUGAGUUUAAGAUUAAACCACUCAAUGCACCAUUACCUGUCGAGGAAGAAGAUGAUAACGAAGACGGAGAUGAUAAUGAAGAGCAAAAUGGCACUGCUGCUGCUCAUCAAAAUCAGCGAGGCAGAUAUGCUCCUCGAGGAAACAAUCCUGGUUCGAAUAGAUCAAGAGGCAGAGGAAAGAAUAAUCAAGGUCAGGGACCUGCUCGAGCCGAGGAUAAGAAAGGACAAAAAGCUGAUGGGAAAGUCUUACAACAAAGGAAGCGAGAUAAUGAGAACAAGGGUGUUCGGGGAAAUCAUAACCGUAAACGAGGUGCAGAUAAAAAGAGAAUGGGUGGAAUGCUGCACAUGUAAUGUUCGAUUGCUUGUUUAGAUUGUUUUUAAAGAUCUUUGUGACUUAAGUUUUCGUUUUGAAUUGAAUUUGAUAUUACAAAUUUUACGAAAUUUUUCAUAGAACUGGUAUUAGUUUUCAUGUGGCCAAUCUAUCAAAAUGUGGUUGAAAGAUAAAUUAUAUAAUUUGUUAUUUCCAUAUUUUAUUGCGGGGGAAAUAUACAUUUUCUUUCUUCUUUUAGUUGUAAUGUUACAUCCCUUGUUAUGGAUAAAAUUAGGAAUUUCAGUAUAUUGUGAUAGUUCAAUAUUUGACU